AUGGCGGCGGGCUCGGAUCUGCUGGAUGAGGUUUUCCUGAACACGGAGGUGGAUGAGAAGGUGGUGAGCGACCUGGUGGGCUCCCUGGAGUCCCAGCUGGCGGCCUCCGGCCACCACCACCAGCACCACAAGGCGCAGGAGCCCCUGAGGGCCGCUGGGGGGCUGCUGGGGAACCAUGUUGUGAGCAGCAGCAGUAGCAGCAGCAGCCCUAGCCCUAGCCCUGGAGGAGUAGUAGUAGGAGGCAAUGCUAAUGCCCAAACAGAGAGCAGCAGCAGCAGCAAGAUGGGACUGAGUGCCCCAGAGAUCACAAAAGCAGGGGCAGGAGGAGUGCAAGGGGGUGUUAUUAAUCAUAACACCAGGUCCCAGACAUCAGCUCUGGAUGGAGCCACCACAACGAGCACCAGCACCACCACUGCAGCAGCAGGAGGAUCUGACGUCACUGCUGCUCCAGGGACCCUCAGUCAGGGCAAAUCGGUGGUUAUCAGCACCAUGGCAACUGCCUUGUCCACCAGGAAUGGCAAGAUUGGGACCACAACAGUGCAAACUUUGAAUGGGAGUAAUGUGGUGAUGAACUCUCACCAUACAGGAAGUGCUGCUUUCUCUGGGACUCCUGUGACUGCUAACCCUGCUUCUGCACCUGCUGUGGCCCCUCUCGUUAACAAUGGACCUGGAUCUGUGGGGAAAGGAAGUACUGUUAAUGCUGUUUUGCCAUCAGCUUCUAGCACUGUCAUCCAGACUUCUUUCCUUAAUACUGCUGUGUCCUCUGCAUCUUCCUCCUCACCCACAGUUAUCUCCUCACAGCCACCACCAAGCAUUGGAACUGGGGCGCCUACGGUAACGCUUGUGAGGCCACCAAUUCACACAGCAGGACCCACAGUAGCUGCAGCUGGUGCAGCCACUCAAAAUGGGAGCAAUACUGUGAUCAAUUCAACCAUCAGUGUGGGGAGUUUUCCUGCUGUUGCUACAGCCACUGUGGGAUCUGGAGUUUCCCUCCAGACAUCACUUGUGAACAGCCAGUCUGGUUCCACUGUGCCAGCAGCUCCCACCACACAGGUCAUCAAAUCUGAGUCUCCUAAAACUAUAGUCCAGGCAGUAUCCCAGCAGCAGACGCUGGCUACUGGUGGCCAGCCCAGUACUACAGGGGGUAACAUGAUUAUUGGGCAAACUAUGCAAGCUGGGCUCUCCAAUGUUGCUCCCAAUCCUGGUGGGAUACCUCCUGCAGCUCCGGGCACCCCCACAGGAAUGGCUAAAGGCACUGCCAAUACAGUGGCACAAACUCUGCCACGGACUCCAACAGCAACUACAAGUGGAAUCAGAGCAACUUUGACUCCUACAGUUUUAGCACCUCGUUUGCCUCAGCCACCUCAGAACCCAACUAACAUUCAAAAUUUUCAGUUACCGCCAGGCAUGGUCAUUGUACGCAGUGAGAAUGGGCAGUUGCUGAUGAUCCCUCAGCAAGCCUUGGCGCAGAUGCAGGCACAGGCACAUGCCCAGUCUCAGCCUCAAAAUACAAUGACUCCUCGUCCUGCUACACCUACCAGUGCUCCUCCAGUGCAGAUAUCAACAGUGCAGGCCCCAGGAACACCCAUUAUUGCACGACAGGUGACACCAACUACUAUUAUCAAGCAAGUGUCUCAGGCUCAAACAACAGUGCAACCCACAACAACGCUACAGCGUCCUCCUGUUGUGCAACCUCAGAUUGUUCUGGGUGGUACUGCACAAACAACCACGCUGGGGACAGCAACAGCUGUACAAACUGGAACUCCUCAGAGGACAGUGCAAGGAACAACAGCAACCUCCACUAUUGCCACAGAAACUAUGGAAAAUGUGAAGAAAUGCAAAAACUUUCUGUCCACGUUAAUAAAACUGGCAUCAUCUGGAAAACAGUCUUCAGAAACUGCGGCUAAUGUGAAAGAAUUGGUACAGAACUUGCUGGAUGGAAAAAUUGAAGCAGAAGACUUUACCAGCAGACUGUACAGAGAACUUAAUUCUUCACCUCAACCUUACCUUGUGCCUUUCCUGAAGAGGAGUUUACCUGCCUUGAGACAGUUAACACCAGACUCUGCAGCUUUCAUUCAACAAAGUCAACAGCAGCAGCCAACAACGCAAGCAACGAUAGCAACAAUUCCAUCUGCAGCAGUGAUUCUGAGCUCCGCAGUUCAGCGCACUGCAGGGAAGGCAGCUGCAGCUGUAACGAGUACUCUCCAACAACCUGUAAUCAGCCUAACGCAGCCUACACAAGUUGGUGUUAGUAAACAAGGGCAGUCUACACCACUGGUUAUCCAACAGCCUCAAAAAGCAGGAGCAUUGAUAAGGCCUCCGCAGGUAACGCUGACACAGACGCCAAUGGUGGCGUUACGGCAACCACAUAGUCGUAUUAUGCUCACUACUCCUCAGAUUCAACUGAAUCAACUUCAGACAGUACCGGUGGUAAAACCAGCAGUAUUACCUGGAAACAAAGCUAUUGCCACUAUUUCAACACAAGUAGCUGCAGCUCAGAAGAAUAAACUGAAAGAACCUGGGGGAGGCUCUUUUAGGGAUGAUGAUGACAUUAAUGAUGUUGCAUCAAUGGCUGGAGUCAACCUGUCAGAGGAAAGCGCUCGGAUAUUGGCAACAAACUCUGAACUAGUGGGUACAUUAACAAGGUCCUGUAAAGAUGAAACCUUCCUUUUCCCAGCACCUUUGCAAAGAAGGAUAUUAGAAAUAGGUAAAAAACAUGGAAUAACAGAAAUCCAUCCUGAUGUAGUUAGCUAUGUAUCACAUGCUACACAACAAAGACUACAAAACCUCGUGGAAAAAUUAUCAGAAACUGCUCAACAAAAGAAUAUUUCUUACAAGGAUGAUGAAAGAUAUGAACAAGCAAGUGACGUUCGGGCACAGCUCAAGUUCUUUGAACAACUUGAUCACAUAGAAAAGCAGCGUAAAGAUGAACAAGAAAGGGAAAUUUUAAUGCGUGCAGCAAAGUCUCGAUCUCGACAAGAAGAUCCAGAACAGCUUAGGCUGAAACAGAAGGCCAAGGAGAUGCAGCAACAAGAGCUAGCACAGAUGAGACAGAGGGAUGCCAACUUGACUGCAUUAGCUGCGAUCGGUCCCAGAAAGAAAAGGAAACUAGAUUCAUCAGGAUGUGGAUCAGGGACAGAGGGAUCUGGCUCGAGUGCAGCAGUCCCAGGCAGCUCCGGAGUUGGAACCACCAGUCAGUUUAAGCGACAAAGGAUAACGCGGGUGAACCUCAGGGACCUCAUAUUUUGUUUAGAAAAUGAGCGAGAGACAAGCCAUUCACUAUUGCUAUACAAAGCAUUCCUUAAGUAAAAUG